AUGCCGUUGGGGUUCAGGAAAUCUUCACUGCAAGCGGUGCAAGACAAUGCCACUAUUUCGACAAAGUCCUCCUCGCAGUCGACCAAGAGCGGAUCUUUUUCCAAAUCCAGCAGAACAUCCUCAUCGUCAUCUAGUUCAACCACACUGAAAAAGCAAGAGCCGGCCAAGCUUCAGAUGAUUAUGAAUGGCAAGCUCUGGGUGUUUGACUACCAGAUCAACAUGUACGUCGAGCACACCGAGUCUGCAUACGACAUCACCAAGAAACAGUACAACUCCUAUUUGAAAGGGUUGAUGAAGCUGACGAAUUUCAAAACCAACGACAGGUUGAAUGAACUGGUUGUGGGCAAUUUGAGAAACUUGCAAUUGCUCAGACACACGUAUUUUGAAGAAUUGAAAUACGACGACAAGGUUGCUCGCCAUAUCGGUGAAAGCGAGGAUAGUUACUGCUACAUCAAGGAGAUUAAGCAAGCUACCGAUAUCAAACACGGGAAUGAGAAAGAAGCAGAGUCGCUGUUUCCAUCCUUGUCGUUGCAAGAAGAGGGCAGCCAUAAUGAGCCGCAUAACACGAGCAAGGCCAAUAUCCGGUCGAUCUUGAGCAGCUGCCAUUUUUGGAACAAUUGCUACCAGGAUAUCAAAUUCGACAGCAUGUCCAACGGAGAGUCGUACUACGACUUACUCCCCAACACUCCGCAAGCCACAGCUUUUUACAUUGAGUAUAUCGACUAUUUACUCAUCAAUUUGCACAUUCUCAAGCCGGCGUUGGAUGACAUUACCGAUGCUCGCGAGUUUGCCAGGUUGAGCAAGAUCCAAUUUGUCUUUUACAACGAUCUCAACCAUGAGUUCUUGAAGAUUAUGAAGAAUGAGCACGAUAGGAUGUAUGAGCUUCAAAAGGAGUUGAACAAUGUCCUCGACGAGGAGAUCAACUACCGAUUCAUAUACCAGAAAUUGGUCGACGCCCUCGUGCAAAACAUUCUCACGUUCCACCCAGAAAUACCCGAUGAUAUCUUGCAGAUCUGGGAUGAUUUUUUCCACUUUAUGUUCCACCACAUGCUUAUACCCCCAGCUUCGAAAUUUGUUCCAAACCUCAGUAAACACUCGACUUUACCUAAACAGGCCAACAGCAGCAGCAGCAGCACCACCCCCUUGUCGUCGACAACGGGAGCACCGCCCAGACCCACGCGUCCACCACGUCUUUCCAUUCCCAGAAACCUCAGUCCAAACUUGUCCAUAGGUUCAGCAGCAUCGAUGGAUUCGGUAAUGUCGACGAGAAACAAGCGCCACGGCUCCGUAAUGAACGACGUGUCAUCGAUACUCACACCAGCAACAACGGCGCACUCACCCACGCACUCAAGAAAGGGCACCGCGUGCAGCGGCUCCUUAUUGGAAGUGUCACCAACUACCACGCCCACCAUCGAACCACCCCCCAGAACAGACUCCGCUUGGGUCUUGUCCCAUGCUGAUUCGUUUUACGUUGUGGGGUACAAGUCCGACUCGAGGAAAGUCCAGCAGGAGAGAGCUAAGCAGGAAGGACCGGAAGCGGUGGAGAAGUUGAAAUCGCAGAGAAGUGCUAAACGCGAUGGUCCCGCGCAAAAUGGCGUCGAGGCGUUGGAGAGGAGCGUGCGCAAUAAACUCAAUUUGUUCAAGAGCAGAGUCACUGCUGCUAGUUCUGCUAGUCAGGCAAAGAAUGCGUCCACGUGA